AAAGUCUCUGUUCCAAUCCAGCUGUAUUAAACCAUCUUCACAGGACCAAAACAGAGACACGAAGACUGAAGCUGCCUGGGACCCUGUUGGGAAGGGCUGGCUCUGGAGGCCUUUUCCUCCUUCUAGCUGCAGCUUAUCUGGGCAUCAAACCUUCAGGAGCCGCCUCCUGGCACCCACCUCCCACUGAAGCCGUUUCGGUCAGAGCCCUUCUCUUCCCUCACCUGGCUGUGGCAGGAAAGCUGAAGGUGUCCUGGCGGCAGGAAGCUCCCUUGCUCCACCCUCUGCCAGCACGGCAGCUCCCUGCGCUCACCGAGGACUUGCUGCGGCAGAGCCAGCGCCGUGCCCUGCUCCGCCAGGACCCUGCAGUGGCAGCGGGAUCCGGCCAUGAAGAGCUGCUGUGAGCCCCGGGCAGCCCUCGCCGUGCUCCUCCUCGCCGCUGCCCUCUGGGAUUCCUGCUCAGCAGCAGCUGAAGACAUCUCCAAUGUUUCAACAACUGAGUAUGAACCACCAUGUCUUAGCGCGAGCUACUGCCGGCAGGCGGCCGCGUGCUGCCCCUCGGCCAUGGACGACCACGGCUGGAUCGCGGCGGCCGUGGGCUGGAGCCUCUGGUUCCUGACCCUCAUCCUGCUCUGCGUGGACAAGAUCAUGAGACUCCGCCCCGACGAACCCAAGUACCUGGUGGCCUGAAGCAGAGCGAGCUGGGGAGCGGUGAGGUGCGGGCAGACUGACAAAGCACUUCAAACACUUGCUAAGAGACAAAAAAGAAAGGGAAAACACCUUCCACCAAAAAAGGGCAGAUCUAAGCAGGGCAGCUGCUGAGGCUUCACCCUCUCUGGCAGGCUGGAGCUGCCAGCCAAGGUGUGGAGCACCCAAGUCCCUGCAAGUCGCCAACUAUGUGCCACAGUGCAAAAAUCCCCACUUUCCCUGAGCCCUCUCAUGCUGAGGGACCAGUCACCAGCAUAAAGCACAUUGUCUCGACACAACCUGGUGCAUGACCUUUGAGUUUGACACAGAAAGUGGGAAAAUAAAGCUAUUUCCUGAAGAAUUAACAUUAUCCGAGCCAUUACUAAGCUAUAGGCCAGGUUACAUCAGUCAGUGGAAGUAACUGACUUUACCAAGUCCUUCUCACUCAUUAACCUGCAAUAUUCAAAAGCCUAUUAACCGAUACAUGGGAAGAAUUUUUAUGGAAACUUAGGGAUUGUUUGAGCUGGUUUGAAAGUGAAACUAAUUUUUCCAGAGCCAUUUAGAUGAACUGUGAUGCAGGAAUUGAAUGUUGGUCCUAUUUAUUCAGCUUCCACCUGCCCAAGCAACUAAGCCAAGCUGAACUGUGGCAAGCAGAUUUUAAACCAAAAUAUCCAAUUCAUGCCCAAAACUGUUCCAUCUAUUUAUAUGAUAAUAAACACUCUUAUUGAUUGAAAGACA